GGCAUAGUGGGCCAAGAAAUAAAGUCUCUGGGAUUGCGCUCUCUCAAGGAAAUAAGCGAUGGUGAUGUGAUAAUUAAAUCAAAUAAAAAUCUCUGCUAUGUUAAUUCAGUCAACUGGACGUCUAUCUUUAGAACAAACCAGAACACAAAAAUUGAGGACAACAGUCCUGAAGAAGAAUGUGUUCAAAUUGCAGGUGUUUGCCAUCCUUUAUGCUCUGCCCCAGGGCUGUUGGGGACCUGGACCUGCACAGUGUCUGUCGUGUCAAACAUAUAAACGCGGAAAAGAAUGUGUACCAUCCUGCAACAUCAAUAUGGGAGAGCCCCGGGAGUAUAUCGAAAAUGACAAUUGUUUUUCAUGCCACCCUGAGUGCUUACACCAGAACAAUACACUUGCCUGCAUUGGACCUGGAGCAGAUCAGUGUAUCAAAUGUGCCCGUUACAUUGAUGAUGACACUUGCGUCAGCACCUGUCCUCCUGCUUUCUACGAUGGAAAUACUGCCAUAUUUUCAAAAUAUCCCGAUCAGAAUGGACUAUGUCAGCUCUGCAGCCCAGAAUGCAAGACGGGGUGCACAGGCCCAGGUGUCGAAGGUUGUAAACCUCCAGGAUCCAAAGUGGCAUACAUUGCUGCUGGGGUAAUUGGUGGCAUCCUUGCGGCUGUUAUGCUAGGCCUUGUCGCAUUCUUCUUCAUCCGUAGAAAUCGAAUUAACAGAAAACGCACUCUACGCAGAUUACUGCAAGAAAGAGAGCUUGUGGAACCUAUCACACCAAGUGGUGAAGCACCUAACCAAGCACUCCUUCGAAUUCUAAAAGAGACAGAGUUCAAGAAGAUCAAGGUACUUGGAUCCGGAGCAUUUGGCACAGUAUAUCAGGGACUCUGGAUUCCUGAAGGAGAAAGCAUAAAAAUCCCUGUAGCUAUCAAAGAAUUACGGGAGGCCACAUCACCAAAAGCCAACAAGGAAAUCUUGGAUGAAGCAUACGUCAUGGCCAGCGUGGAGAACCCACACGUCUGCCGUUUGCUUGGUAUCUGUCUGACCUCCACUGUCCAGCUAAUCACACAGUUAAUGCCGUAUGGCUGUCUUCUCGACUAUAUUCGGGAGCAUAAAGACAACAUUGGUUCAAGACAUCUCCUUAACUGGUGUGUGCAGAUUGCUAAGGGGAUGAAUUACCUUGAAGAAAGGAGAUUGGUCCACAGAGAUUUGGCUGCCAGGAAUGUCCUUGUUAAAAAUCCACAACAUGUUAAGAUCACAGAUUUUGGGUUGGCCAAACUUUUGGGAGCAGACGAGAAAGAAUACCAUGCAGAAGGAGGAAAGGUUCCUAUUAAAUGGAUGGCGUUGGAGUCCAUUUUGCACAGAAUAUAUACCCAUCAAAGUGAUGUUUGGAGUUACGGUGUCACUGUAUGGGAACUAAUGACUUUUGGAUCUAAACCAUAUGAUGGAAUUCCAGCUAGCGAAAUUUCAACCAUUUUAGAAAAAGGGGAACGUCUUCCUCAGCCUCCCAUAUGUACAAUCGAUGUGUAUAUGAUUAUGGUGAAAUGUUGGAUGAUAGAUGCAGAGAGUCGCCCCAAGUUCCGUGAGUUAAGUGCAGAGUUUACCAAGAUGGCUCGUGAUCCAUCUCGUUACCUUGUUAUACAGGGAGAUGAUAGAAUGCACUUACCCAGCCCUGUGGAAUCCAAGUUUCAUCGAGCAUUAGAGGAUGACAUGGGAGAUAUUGUUGAUGCUGAAGAAUAUCUGAUCCCACAUCAAGGAUUCUUUAGUAGUCCUUCAACAUCGCGGACUCCACUGCUGAGUACUAUGAGUUCUACAACCAGCAACAAUUCACCUAAUGUAUGCCUCACUCGAAAUGGGGGUCCACCUGCCAGAGAAAACAGCUUCAUUCAAAGAUACAGCACAGACCCAACUGUGGUUUUGGACGACAGCAUUGAGGAAGAGUUCCAUCCUGCACCAGAAUACGUCAAUCAGAUGAAUCCAAAGUCAGAAACCUCUACAGUAGCAAAUCCGGUGUAUCUCAAUUUGGUUUCAACUGGGAAUAUUAAACCUCCCAUGAAUGGAAAUUAUCAGAAUUCUAAUGGAAAGAGUGUGGUUAAUCCAGAAUACCUGAACUCAGGCCAGAUGCUCAUAACCCAACCAGAAAAUGACUAUCCUUCCAUCUGGGAUCAGAAAGUAAACCAACAAAUAAGCCUGGACAAUCCUGACUACCAACAAGACUUUUUCCCAAAGGAAACCAAAAUGAAUGGAAUUUUUAAGAUUCCUGCUGCAGAAAAUCCAGAAUAUUUUCCACUGGCUCCAAAGAGUGACUAUAUUGAAGCUUCAGCGUGA